AUGCAAUACCACUCGUGCAGGCGUUCGGGGCUGUUAGUUGAGAAGGGCAUGCCGGCGAAGCGAACCAGGCAGGAGGAUGUGGGUCUUUGUGCUGAUGUUCUGCCGCGGAUGGCGACGGUGUUAAUGGAGGAAAGCGGCGUUGAUGUCGGCGAGGGGAAAAUUCCGCACUCCUUCAAGGUUGGCGGCAAUUGUCACAACAGAACCUCUUUGAUAGCAUCAACCAUGAAAUCAUCGUCAUCAUCAUCAUUAGUAUUGUCAUCAUCUUUAUCGUCAUCUUUGUCAUCGCGCUCCAUUUCACCUGUUUCUCCAGAGAGAAUUUCACUUCCUCUCCACAUUGUGAGUCCCAUGGAGAGCGGCAACAACAGUCAAGUGUUUUUGGCGCGGAGGGCCAAUGAGGGUGGAUUCGCACCUGCUGAGGAUCGUGAGGCGGCUCCCCGGAAAAAGCAGCAAUCACGAGCUUACAGUCCCCAACAAUGUCGAGAGGCUGAUUGCGAUGGGACCGAUGCUGGAAAUACAACGACGGCAGAAGACACAUUUAUGGCGCUGAAGUUUGUAUCUUCGUCUUCUAGUCACAUGCAGCGUGAGAUACAUUGCUUGAGGUAUUUGAACCGCUUUCGUGGGGAACCGAAUGCAGAGGCCAAUGAUGAAGUUAACGAGGCACCUAAUUGUGGCCGAUGCACUGCAUCUUUGCUUUUGUCUACACGUUCUUUCCCACCUCCUUGUCCAAAACUUUUCUUUACUCAGGAAGUAGGGGGUCAUGUCGCAAUCGGGUUGGAGCUCUUGGGUCCUGACCUGUUUGCCUUCACAGAGAGAUUUGUUUUAUAUGAGGAGGAGUUAUGCGUCGUGGGCAUUGAGCUCUUGCGGGCGCUUAGCGCGAUUCACCAGCUGGGCGUGACUCACCGCAGCAUUAAACCCGAGAACUUUUGCUGGAACUCCAGGGAAAUCCUAAACAAUGCUGCAAAUAAGGAUUGCGUUAGUCACGACAAGAGCGGGUCAACAAACUCUGUUGAAGAUGUACCUGUUUUCAUUUUCAAGAUUAUUGAUUACGGUCGUGGUAGUGUCAACACCGGUGACUCUCCGCCAAUGCAUUCCCUGUACGAGCGACCCUACAGGGGAUGGUGGCAUAGUCUACGUGGUCUCUUGGGGAAGCCGAUGGGACAAAAAGAUGAUUUAAUGGGCGUUGUCCACACCAUUGGUUAUCUUCUUGACGAUUACGAAAGCAAUGGGGGAUCAUUGAGUGUGUCAUCACGAUCUUCCUCUCUGAAACGAGUGGACAAUGCAAAAUGUGAUCCAAUUACCCAUACUACCACUACUGCUACCACUAAUAAUACUAUUAAUAGUACCAAUACAUCUUUUCUUGCUGGCGAAUCAUCUACGGAAAGCUGUGCUGCUAACGAUUGCCGCAGCGAAAAAAACGGAAGUUUAAUUCAGCGAAAUGUAAGAGGGGAUAGUCGUGAUAGUUUAUCAGUAAGCUCACUGACAAGUGAUGGAAGUGCCUUAAAUUCCCGUCGACGCUCUUAUUCGUCGUGGCGACGCCACUUUGCCGACAGGAUCGCCAUUGCGUACGGGGCUGCGUCAAAAAGCUACCGCCGGCUGCAUGGCUCUGAGCAAAGAGAGGGGACACAUGGUCGUGGGAAAAAAUUGGCUUGCGCGGAGCGAAAAUUGCCGGAUGCCGUUGAUCGGCGCAAUGCCAAGCGGGCCUGGAUUGUCCGUCAUGUCGAGACUGAAUACCUGCCAGCGAUGCUGCCUGAUCGCUACUACCCUCCUACCAUGCCGCAAUGGUGGGCAGAGUGGUUCGCCGCGUGUAACGCAUGGUGCAGUGAUGAUGCUGUGACAGUGGAGGAGAUGACGGCGUGGAUGAUGGAGCGAAUGCAGCAGCAGAUUGAGAAGAUGGGGGAUACUGUCGAGAGGUUGCGGCAGGACCUCAAGGAUCUGUACGUGCGCUAUCACGAAGGAAGGGAAGACUCUUAA